CAACCCAACACACACUUGAACAGGGAGGACAGGAGCGUGAAGGACAGAAAUAAAAGGAUAUAACCCGCCCUGACUCUCCUUCUGUGACAGCUGAAAGGAGAAGAACAAGGGAGUGCAUGCAGGUUGGCAGAGGGAGGAAGAGUGAGAGGACGGAGGAGAAGAAGAAAGAGGAGUAUUUCAAAGAGCGAGCGAUUCAGAGGACGGUGCUGUCACAGGAGAGGAGGAGGAGGUGAGGUGCGUGAUCGUGGGGGUUUGCUACGCACCAGAGACACGAGUGGUUUAAUCUUAAAGUGUGUGUGUUUGUGUAAAGGGAACUCCACCCCACACACACCCCCAUCAUCAUCAAACAGCAUCCUCCCAGAACCAACCUGAGGUUUCACAAGCCAUGCUGAGGACCAGGAGCAAGACCUGCUGAACAACAUGGCCCAGGCUAAAGGACGGAGAGAUGGCAUGGUGUCGUCCAAUGAGAACAGGCGCCGGCCGCUGUCGUCGGGUGAGGUGGAGGGCGUGUCGUGGCAAGGCCCCCGGACCAUUUACGUCCCGAAGAACUCGCAGGGAUUUGGCUUCACGCUGCGCCACUUCAUCGUCUACCCCCCCGAGUCCUCCAUCCACAGUCUGAAGGAUGAAGAGAAUGGAAAUGCAAAUGGAAAAGCAGGAUGUCCGCGGUCUCGUCUGGAGCCGAUGGACACCAUCUUUGUGAAGAGCGUCAAAGACAAUGGCCCCGCGCAACAGGCUGGACUGUGUACAGGGGACCGGCUAGUGAAGGUGAAUGGGGAGAGCAUUCUGGGUAAAACCUACUCUCAGGUGAUCACACUCAUACAAAACAGUGAAAACAUUCUGGAGCUCUCCAUCAUGCCCAAAGAUGAGGACGUGUUGCAGUUGGCAUACUCCCAGGAUGCCUACCUGAAAGGCAACGAGCCAUAUGCGGGCGAGGCUCAGAACCUGCCUGUGCCCCCCCCUCUCUGUUACCCCGCCGCUAAGCCUGUUCCCCCAGCCCCGCAGCCUGGCCCCAGCCUGCACAGUCCCCUGGACAACUGGCAGUGCUGCCCCGGUCCCGCUGCCUCUCCACUGGACAACCGCCCCCCCGCUGACCCUACCCCCACCUCCGGCUGGUCCGGGGGUCCUGAGGAUUCCAGUGGACACAUCCCCCAUCCCGGGCGGCACCGGGGCCGCUCCUCUUCAGCCCUCAGUGCGCUUGACUUUCACUUUGCUAACCACAACGCUGCCAUCGCCUCCGCCACACUGCCCGCCCCGCGGAAGAGCAGCCUGCCAGCCCCCGCCUGCUCCCACACAAACUCUCUGUGCCACCAGGCUCUGUCGGACUGGUACUAUAGCCAAGCCGAGGCGGCAGAGAAUAUCCCCCCCCGCCACCGUAGUAUCUCUCAGGACUGCUUAGCGGAGCUGGGGCUGGGGCUGGCCCUCGGCCCCGGACCUUCAUCUGGCUCCAUCACCUCUGCAGAGCUGCGCAGGAGAGAGGCCCUUCUGAGCCACCACCAGGCAGCCGCUGCCUCCCAUGAUUCCUACUGGCUGGGGGGCUGGGGGGGGUUGUCGGGCCCUGGCAGCAGGUCCUGUUCAGAGAGCUUGCUGGCAGCGUACGCAGAGUAUGAGCACAACUACGGCCGCUCCGUGGAGACCCUGGCUCAGGCCUCCGCUCUGGUGUCAGCACGCCCCGAAGCCCCCCCACACUGCCCCCAGACUGCAAACUCCAGAGAGCAGAAGGUGUCACAGGGGCAUCAGAAGAAAACCACAGUGCCCCCUCCUAUCACUGCCUCCUCCACAGUGCCUCCCAGCGGCAGGCGGGGGGGGCAGGUAGCUGAGCCCCAGACCCGGCGCGUUAGAGAGGAGGAGCUGGUGGGCUACAAGAGCUACAGCCCGUCCUUCUCCCGCAAAGCCGGACACCCCCUCCAGCAGGCUCACUCCUUCAGAGAGCCCAGCUACAGCGGCCCCCACCUCACCUGGAGCCCUGAGGACGACUGUGAGGGGGCUAUGGUCCCCAGGCCCCAGUCCAACCCCGCCCUGUCUGCGUCAGAGGAGGAGAGAGCCGGCCCAGGGGAGGACAGGGAGCUCUUCUCCCCCGUCUCUCUGAACCAGGAGGUAGUGCUGAGGCAGAAGCCCCCCUCUGGUCGCAGAACCCCAGUUCAGGCCGUCCGACACCCCCACUACCCGACAGCUGCAGAGUCACCGGAGCCCAUUGGUUUGGAACCUACGCAAGGGACAUCCUCCCCUGUCUCUGGGGGGGCGGCCCCUAGCCGCAGGGCUAACGGUAGCCUGGCACAGCAUGCAUACAACUCCCUGUCCUCCAUCCCCUUCAUAGACGAUCCCAGCAGCCCCAGCUCUGACCUGCAGGCCUGCUAUGUUCCUGCCUGCUCUGUUGUGUGCAGUUCCACUGUGGCCACCCUGUCUGUCUCCCCCACCCUCUCCUCCAUCUCCCCCUUUGUCACACUUCGUCCUCAGAACCUCAGGAGUAUUAAAAGCCGCCGCUCCUCCUACCUGCUGGCCAUCACCACCGAGAGAUCCAAGUCCUGUGACGAGGGUCUCAACACCUUCAGGGAGGAAAACCGAGUCUUCUCGAAACUACCAAAAAGGGUCAAGAGCUUUUUCACUGACGGGUCUCUGGAGAGCCUGCGAGCCCAGGAGGAGGCCCGGUCCAAACGGCACUCCACCUCUGAGCUGGGAACCAUCACCUUCAGUGACGUACGCAAGGAGGGUUGGCUGCACUACAAACAGAUCCUCACAGAGAAGGGAAAGAAAGUAGGAGGUGGCAUGCGACCAUGGAAGCGUGUCUUCUCCGUCCUGCGCUCCCAUUCGCUCUUCCUCUACAAGGACAAGCGGGAGGCCGUCCUGCAUGGGGCGGGGGCGGGGCCCGGCCAGGACGAGCAUCCUCCAAUCAGCAUCCGUGGCUGCCUGAUCGACAUCGCCUACAGUGAGACCAAGAGGAAGCACACUCUGAGGCUGACCACGCAGGACUUCUGCGAGUACCUGCUGCAGGCCGAGGACCGGGACGACAUGCUGGCCUGGAUCAGAGUCAUCCGGGAGAACAGCAAGACCGACAACGAGGAGAUUGGUUUCUCAGGACAAGCCCUCAUCAACAAGAAGCUGAACGACUACAGGAAACACAGUCUGACAGGCACUAAGCCCGACUCCUCUCCCAGAGCCCAUCGCAUGAUGCCUCCCUUCCUGCUGGCUAAGACUGACAACACCUCCGUGAGCCGGGCCAGAACUGAUGACAACAAGGCGCUGUGGGGCAUCAACAUCAUGAAGAAGGCGAAGAAGACGGGCAGUCCGAAGGCUUUCGGCGUGAGACUGGAGGACUGUCAGCCUGCCGUCAACCACAAAUUUGUCCCUCUGAUCGUGGAGAUGUGCUGUGGUGUGGUAGAGGACACGGGUUUGGAAUACACCGGAAUCUACCGUGUGCCGGGGAACAACGCAAUGGUGUCAAACCUGCAGGAGCAUCUCAACAAGGGGCUGGACAUCAACACAGCUGAGGAGAGAUGGCAGGACCUGAACGUGAUCAGCAGCCUGCUCAAAUCGUUCUUCCGGAAACUGCCUGAGCCUCUUUUCACUGAUGACAAAUACAAUGAUUUCAUUGAUGCCAACCGUAUAGAAGAUGCAGAGGACAGACUGAAGACCAUGAAGAAGCUGCUCCAUGACCUCCCAGAUCAUUAUUACCACACCAUGAAGUUCCUAGUGGGUCACCUGAAGAAGGUGGCAGAUAACUCUGACAAGAACAAGAUGGAGCCGAGAAACCUGGCUCUGGUGUUUGGUCCCACUCUGGUGAGGACGUCAGAGGACAACAUGACAGACAUGGUGAUCCACAUGCCUGACCGCUACAAAAUAGUGGAGACACUCAUCCUGCACCACGACUGGUUCUUCACUGACGGAGAGCUUGAUAAGGAGGAGAAGACUCCAGAAGACAAGCGGAACAUGCAACCUGUUCCCAACAUCGACCAUCUGCUGUCCAACAUCGGCAGGCCGGGCAUGCCGGGGGAGGCCUCAGAUUCCACCACCAGCGAUUCUCUUAAGUCAAAGUUUUCAUCACUCUCCAAAAAGGACCUGAAUGCCAGGGACUUCCUGCCCAAGUCCAUCAUCUCUGCUGUGACCCGCAAACGUAAGAAAAGCCUCAGCCCCCACCUGCAGGAUGACAGCGCCGACGAGGACUCGGAGCACGAGCCCGUCAAAACCAGCAACUACGGGGGAGGAGAGGAGGAGGAGGAGGGAGGCGAGGAGGAAGUGGAGAGAAGGAAGGAAGAGGCGGCCAUGGGAGAACAUACAAUCCCUAAAAAAGAAAAAAGGGUGGAAGAGGAAACGGCGGUGAAAGCUAGAGAGACCUCCGAGGGACACCAUCCUGUGGCUGGAGAGGAAGGGUCUGAACAGGAAGUGGGGAGUGGGGCAGGGAGAGCUGCAAAACAUUUUCAAAAGGAGAGCAGGCGGAGAACCACCUUGCCUCGAAAUGUGCCGCAGCUUCGUCCAAACAGUUUCCACUGCCCACACUCCAGACCACAUACAAGACCCCCAACAGAGUCGACUCCCCCUUCCAAUAUGAGGCCUCACAAUCAGGCCAGAGGACAUCCCAUAGUACCCUUCUGGAUCCGCCCCACCCGGCUUCCCAGCCUCUACCAGUCGUCCAGCUUCUAUGGGACCCAGCAGCCAGACUGGAACCAGUCAGUGCCAGUCCGCUACAGGAAGACGAGAGGGGAGAGGACCAGAGCCGUGUCCAUGAAUCUGGACCUGGAGCUGGGCAGGGGUGAGGACAGGGUGAGAGGAUGGAGAGCAGAGAGGGUGGAGGUGGGCCGAGUCAUUGAAGGAACACCAGGUCAGGCUGCACGUGUUGGGGUUCCUCAGGGAUUAAUUGUAGGACCUGGGUCAAUUCAGGAAAUGGAUCCUCUCCCUCGUCUAGCCCAGGAGCCUACCCCUCACUCCUCCUCUUCCUCACCUGAUUCUCACCCUGUGGUCCUGAGGAGGUCGGGUUUGGCCCCGCGGGACAAGACGAGGGCAUGGCGGCGUCACACGGUGGUCGUUUAACAGCUUCCCCUAUUAACGCACGCGCCCUUUACUCACACACGCCGAAGCGCUGUCACUGCAUGUUGCUCUAGGGAUCUGACAUCAUGAGCAGCUGUAGUUUCAUUCCGAGAUUAUAUCAGCUCCAUUUAAAACAUUAGACCCAUAGGAUUCAAGCUAUGCAUCUUUAACCCUUUACUUACAAAAUAAUUGUUAAUUUCCUUAUCGUAUGACGUUGUACAUUUUAAAAGAGCAUUAGGACUGUAAGGUAAGCUGAGGUACAGUUUUCAGGGAAAACAAACGCCUGUGGGAUCCACAACACUAUAUUUACAUCAGAUAUCAUUUAGCUGACUUACAUACAAUUCAAUCCAGAAGACAUGCCAGCAAUUUAAAGUUAAUUAUCUUGCCCAAUGGGUUCGGCUAUACUCCGAUAUGUUGUGGGUGAACUACUGUAUCUGACAAGCUAACAUGCUAAUGUAGCGGCUUGGUACUCUCUCGUUGCGUUGUGUAUUUCACAGUCACCAUAGACAUCUUAGCUAGGUAACAUGCUGAUGUACAGUUAGCUUGGUGGCUAACAGAACAAUAACUCGCCACAGUUUGAUGAGAAGAGGUUGAUUUAAUGUGUGACCCAGAGGAUAAACCGCAGUAGCUUCUCCUGCUCCACAGCUGACUCAUCCUAAUGUCCAUCACCUGAAGAGUCACCAGUCAGCACGUUUGCUGUUGGUCAGCAGAGAACAUUCAAGGAUUUUACAAGUGAAUCCACACCAUAGCAGCCAGAUAUUGCAGCUUUAAAUGUUGGCCAGACAGGGGCUUAACAAUAAUUUAACCUGAAGAGGUUUAUUGAAUGAUUUUGGGAAAAUGUGGCAAAAUAUCUCUUCAGAUGAAGUGAAAAUAUUGUCAUAAUCUGGCACAUAGACAACCAUAUCACAAAGAGUAAUGCAGUGAAUUGCAGAGCAUAUUGCUAAAGGUAUUGAAUGCAUGAGAUCAUUCUAAUGUCACAAGUACAUUGCUCUCGUUCCUUAAACUACCAAAACAAGUUGCUGCAUGUGAGGUAUUUUCUUUUGAAAUGUAUGGGUGGAUAUAUUCCAGGGAAGUAAAACCUCUAAAAUUACAAAACAAAAACUUACACUUUAAUGAAUAACAGUUAUCAUGUUAUUAACGCAUGUCUCACAAGAUUCUGAUUGAAUCAAUCUCACUAAAAUGUGUUCCGGUAAUCUUUUACAGUGCUAUUCCUGAUACAACCACUAGGUGGUGCCAAAGUAAGGAGUCCUACACAGGGGCAUUAUUUUAUAUUUCUAAAAAAAAUGUUUUGGAAUGAAACCCUUAAGUUGUACAUUUAAAAGAAGUUUAAAAUGAGAGAAAGCCAUAUGAGAUGACAGAAAUGCAUCUCCUGCUGCCUCACCAGCAAACCCUCAGCAGUCCUUGCCACAGGUCUUAUGCAAAGUGCUGUACAUGCUGCCGUCUUCCCACUAAUGAUGUCUAUGACAAUACCCACAUGGGCAAAUAUCACUUAUUCACGCCUACCUGCCAGCUUCAGUUUACUGCUCUGCCCUCUAAAGCUCUUCCAAAGCCUCCUGAGGCCCCGCAGGGACCCUCACUCACUCUCUGGAUGAUGGCACUUGGGCAUUAUGCCAAAACUUCCAUGUGUGCAUGGGGUCAGUGAAGUGUUCAACACAAGCCUGUCCUACUGCCGUGUGUGUGUGUGUGUGUGUGUGUGUGUGUGUGUGUGUGUGUGUGUGUGUGUGUGUGUGUGUGUGUGUGUGUGUGUGUGUGUGUGUGUGUGUGUGUGUGUGUGUGUGUGUGUGUGUGUGUGUGUGUGUGUGUGUGUGUGUGUGUGUGUGUGUGUGUGUGUGUGGGGAGAGGAUAUUCAGAGGAAACUAACAAACUGUUUAAGGCAGCUAUGCGACAUCAUGCCAAAAUGAUUUUCCUUUUUUUAUGUUUGGUUAAUUGUACAGUAUCAGCGGAAUGGAGCCAGGAAAUUACCUGCGCACAGCGAGGCUCCGCUUCAUACAUGAUAUCAGUGUUACUGUUGCCAUGGCAGCAGUUGGAAGUGGGUGAAUAAGCUCCUUACAUCCAAACGCCACAGUCUUACCUGAGUGAUACUUUUUCCUUUCCACGUUUUCACUGUUUUUGCUCCCGUUAACACAUUUUAGUUGUUUAAGUCUGAAAAGAUCAAAUGGAGCGGACUGUUUGUCUUAAUCAUAUCUAGUCUGUCCUCUGUCCUGUGCAUGGACUUUAUGUAUCUGGGUGACUGUGCGUGGACCAAUUUUGUAACAGUUGUACAAAGCCUUGUUAAGUUAACCUGUGUAUAUAAUUAUUAUACAUAAUAUAUUAAAUUAUUUGUUUUGGAAAA